CAAACUACAUAUCCGGGUAAAGUUUGCUUAGCCAAUAGAUGCACAACGGACGGAGUGGCCCGAGUGGAAGAGGCGAAUUGUUUUGGGUUCCCGAUUAUAUCUACACUUUAGUUUAACCAGCCUGGGCAGCUGAGCCGAUGCAAUUCCUUUGUUCUCAGUAUCUACGAAUCCAAGGAUGGACGAUUGAAAGAAUUGUUUGUUAGUGCAGACAUACUCCCGCUAGACCAGAAGCCGCCGAACCGGGAUGGAGACGCUGUCAAAAACACCCGCCGGGGAGGCGCAUCACAACAAGGAAUGGUGGCCGGCGCUGCCCACUGGCCUCAUGUGUGUCAGUCCGUCGCUGUCGUCUUAUAAAGACUACCCUGCUCACCAGCCCUUCAUCAAGACCCCCCCCCUCCACAGACCACCACCACGCAUGAGGCAGGCUCCUCCGCCCACCUCGCCUGCCAAGUCGUUCCCAGAGUCCCACAGUGCAGAAAUCAUCUCCGCCCUGAGGAACCUCCAGGAGAAGAUCAGACGGCUGGAGGUGGAGAAGAGAGGAGCGGACCUGGGCCUCCGGGCGGAGCAGCCCUCCACCCGACCACUGGUCACCCCCACCCAGAGACCAGUGGACCUGGGCCUGCAGGCGGAGCAGCACUCCACCCGACCACUGGUCACCUCCACCCAGAGACCAGUGGACCCCAGUCUGCAGGCGCUGGGGAGAGACGCACCAGCUACCAACGUCAGCUCCACCCGAAGGCUGGCGGAGCAGCGGUCUGACGUCAACUCCACCCGACGACAGGCGGAGCACUCCUCCGACGUCACCUCCACCCGGAGAGAGGCGGAGCCACGGUCUGAGGUCACCUCCACCCGGAGAGAGGCGGAGCCACGGUCUGAGGUCACCUCCACCCGGAGAGAGGUGGAGCCACGGUCUGAGGUCACCUCCACCCGGAGAGAGGCGGAGCCACGGUCUGAGGUCACCUCCACCCGACGACAGGCGGAGCCACGGUCUGAGGUCACCUCCACCCGACGACAGGCGGAGCCACGGUCUGAGGUCACCUCCACCCGACGACAGGCGGAGCAGCCCUCUGACGUCACCUCCACCCGGAGGGAGAUGCGAAGCGAAGGGGCCAGCGAUCGACCCCAAUGCAACCAAGUGCUGCUCACCCAGCUGGCCGCUGCCGAGGCCCGCUGCCAGCAGCUGGAGAGACAGCUGGAGCUCAUGAGACGCACGGUCCGCCUCGCCCAGCAGGACCGCACCAGCCUCCUCCAGCAGCAGGUCUCCAUGGCAACAGACCCGUCAGGUGACCCAGCCUCCGGACCUGAGCAUGCCCACUGGGAGAAGCUGGAGCGACUGGAGAGGGAGUACAUCAGGAUGACGCUCGCCCAGAACCAGGCAGAGAAGAAGAUCCGUGAGCUGGAAGAGAAGCUGGAGGAAGAGGAACGCCAGAGGAAGCUGGUCCAAGAGAAGGCUGACCUGCUUCAGACGGGCCUGGAGGCCAAUCGGCUCCUCCUCCAGGCGGUCUCUCCCCGCCCCAGGAGGAGGUCCAGAGGCAGGGUGCCCCCGGCCAGAAGGAGGAGCAGGGAGCCUCAGAGCCCUCAGCAGCAGAAGGCCUCCAGCAACCAGCCUCACCACAGCCUCCGCCCGGGAGUGGUGCCCUUUGUGGCCGGGAUGGCGGUGGGCUGCAGCCACUCUGUGCGGGCUAACGUCCAGGCCGUGCUGUCCCUCCUGAAGCACCACCCGCGGUCACACCCCCCCUCGGCGGAGAGACCCCCGGCCCCCCGCGCCGCCUGCUCCUCCCCCUCCCCCUCCUCCUCAGAGCCACCGAGUGAGGUGGAGCUGAAGGAGAUCCUGAGCUCACUACAGGAGGAGCUCCGCCUCAUGGGCCUGGAGCAGGCUGCGUUGGUGCGGAGGGUCCAGGCCGGGGGGGCGGAGCGGGGAGACGUGCUGCGGGACCAGGAGAGGCUACUGCUGAGGAUGGAGAGGAAGGGGGAGCACCUCGCCCAGCUGCACAGACACACACAGCAGAUCAAGAAGCUCCGCCGUGUCGGCAGCGGGAAGGCCGAGCAGAACGGGCGGAGGGGGGCAGCGGGGACCGCAGUGGCCACUAGGGGUCGCAGUUUCGGAGCGUGCGAGCGCAUCAAUGCCAACCUGAAGCUGCUCAAAGACAUGAGGGCCCUGCAGAAGUCUCUACGGACAUGAGGGCCCUUCUGAGGGCCCUGCAGAAGUCUCUACGGACAUGAGGGCGGGCCGCAUGCCGAACACCUGCUCUACCACAUGAACCACCUACCUGCAGCUUUCUAAUAAUUACAUUUUAUAAUCGACUAUGAUCCACUGAACAAGCUCGAAGAAGAAUGAGUAUUGACCAGUGACAAGACUUUGGUUUAUCAGCAUCUUUAUUUUCCCUUAAAUAUAGGAGCAGUCUUUGACUAUCAAUAGUUCAGCAUUAUACCUGUUUACUUUACUUUUACAUUUCAAUGAUGAUGUAAUUAUAUUUUUUAACAGUAGAUGGUAGUGUGUUUUCCUACUGAAGGGAUUGAUAAUUGAUCUGAGCUUGCUUUCAUUUCUGACUUUUCUAUUCCCAUUUGAAUAGUAUAUUUAUUUUAGGAUACGCAUACUUCUGUACAAAUGCUGUGUCCAUUAUGUCCCCAUGUCAACUAAUUUGUCUAAUGCACAACCGCUAAAUAAGUCAUAGUGGCUACUAUUGUAGCUCUGCAUCGACAAGGUGAUGCAAGAUUUAUAUCAUUUGAUUUUGACGAUGGUAACAUUAAUUUCAGUGUAUUUACUAUUAUACACUGAAACGGGUUCCGAAUAAAAAAUAAAAACAAUUGAUCACCUUCGUCAUGUUCAUAUCUCAGUAUAUUAAAACCGCCCACAUGGAGAGACCGUCAA